AUCGAAGGAAGUAUUAGGAAUUUGGCGUGCUUCGCUAAUCCAAGUUUUUCUGGCGCCGCUCAACCAAUGUUCGUUGGGUAUAUAUACAGGUUACAUCUAUGUUGGAAUGCAUCGUUAUAUUGUGGUACCAACUUUGCCUAGGAAGACUCUUCUUCCACACCAACCGCUUUACUCGCAUCCGCUUUUUAUUGCAGAGCCAACAAAUCAGCCUUUCACUGAACCGCCUAAUCAAAAAGUAAGUGGAUAAGUUUGUUCCAAAGUAGUUCGAUCCUGAUAGUCUGGGUACAGACAUGUCACAAACACCUCUUCGCGUCGGUAUUGUCGGUGCAGGCGUUGCCGGACUAUACUCCGCCAUGCUUCUGCGUAAGCAUGGCCACAUAGUCCACAUCUUCGAGGCGAGCAAUCGCGUUGGCGGACGUAUCUACACCCACCGCUUCAAUACCCAGGAGGACCAGUACUUCGAGGCCGGAGCCAUGCGCCUUCCCGACUCGUCUUUCCAGAAAAUUGUAUACGACCUCAUCGACCACCUCAAUACAUCCCCUUCUUUACCCGAACACAUGCGAAUCAAGCGAAUCCCGUACAUUUUGAACAGUCCCGGCAACUUUGUUCACAUCAACGGUCGUCGUUACACUAACGACACCCUGUCUACUGCUUCUGCGGCCGUUAUGACACCCCGUGCGCUCGACUGGGAAGUUCCCGCUGAAUACCUUGAUAAAUCAGCCGGGGACCUCCUCAAUGCAGCUCUCGAACCCCUCGUGAAAGAGCUGCGAGUAGACUUCGAGCAGGGCUUCCAGAGUUUGCUCCGUUUUGAUCAUAUGUCCUUCCGGUUCUACCUUCAAGUCGAGGUCGGCUGGCCGGCCAAAGUCAUUGACUUUGUUGAAACCGUAACGUCGCAGACGAACCAGUUCACGCUAAGCGUGACGGAGCUCGUCAUGCAGCAUAUGGAUUUUGGUACGAAGGAGUGGUAUACCAUCGAGCGGGGAAUGGAUAGACUCCCUGAGGCUAUGGCGCACGUUGUGGGUCUGGACAAUAUCACCUUCGGUGCACGUGUGUCAGGUAUCCGCAGUGUGAAUGGCGUCGUACACAUCGUCGCCAAAGGGUACGAUCAGAAUAUCGAAGCUGAUUUCGACAAGGUUCUCCUCGCUGUUCCGCCAGCUGCACUGAAGAUGAUAUCUGAUCGGCCUCGGUGGGGUAUCGAGAAGGAGAUGGCGAUCCGAUCGCUUCAUUUCGAGCCAUUGUACAAGAUGGGAAUGUUAUUCCGAACUCGUUUUUGGGAGAAGCACACACGGGGUGGGCAGUCGACUACCGAUUUGCCAAUUCGCUGGAUCGUCUAUCCAUCCAAUGGCAUCGGCUCUGAGGGUCCUGGCGCUCUCCUGCUAUACGCAUGGAUGACGGACGCUGAGACAUGGCUUCCACUUCAACUCCACGAACGUCGCAGCCUCGCCGUACACUGUCUCCAGCAGCUUUACCCGGAUGUCAACAUUGCAAGCCAACUGCUUGAGACUUUUGACGUCGCGUGGUCGGCCAAGUCUUCCACUGGCGAUGCCAUGUUUCUCCCCGGUCAAUUCACUGCUCGCUUUGACAUCGCGCACCAGCCGGAGUCUGCUAGUGGGGCGGGCACACCAAAUGUGUUCUUCGCGGGUGAGCAUCUCUCAAAACACCACACCUGGAUCGCCGGAGCUUUGGAGUCUGCCCUGUAUGCUGUCCGACAAAUAGUGCAGCAUGAGGUGCAGGCAUUGGAACCCGUCGUCGCCGAUCACUUCACGAUUGUUCCUGACGUCGUAUCACUUGCAAAAUUGCCCGUCGCCUUCAGCGAUAUGCUCUCCAUUGGAGAUCGGUCGGACAGUCUAAACGGCAUCACGCACGCCAACUUCGCGGUGGAUAUUGUGAAUGACGAAGCGAGCGGCACUGUCCAGGUACUUUCUUAGAGCUAUCAGCCUGAUCGUUCACAGCAACCCGACAAGGGGCGCUGCCGUCUCGGAGCGCAGACUCGCAACUGAGGAUUGCUUCGGGGCUGUAUCAUUAAGUGAGAAUUACGAAUGACUGUUGAGUAAUUUAGAUACUCUUCAGAAAAAUUUCUUCAAACUUGUACUAUCCAGAUUCCAGAACGUGCCGCUGUAUAAAUAAACAUUGAGCUUGAUGAAGUUGAGCACGAAA